AUGGACAGGCUCACCACCAUCCUCCAAGAGCACGUUGCUCAAGGAGACGACACGUCCAACAAGCUCCUCGGGGCCUCCUUCAUAGCAGUCAACCCCACAGGCGUCGUCUACUCUGGCGCUGCAGGCCGCAUCGACUUCGACACCGGCUCGAAACUGUUCCAGACUGAUUCCUUCACCUGGGUUGCGUCCUUGACCAAGAUUGUUACUACUACCAGCCUCAUGCAAAUUAUCGAGCGUGGCCUCGUUGGACUGGAUGAUGAUGUGCGACCACUUGUCCCUGAGCUGGCGGCCAUGCAGAUUCUCCGCGGCUUUGAUGCCGACGACAAACCCAUCCUAGAAGACAACGCCAGGCCCAUCACCCUCCGGAUCCUCCUCACGCACACUCUCGGCCUGGCGUACGACAUUAUCGACCCAGACCUCGUCAAAUGGUCCAAAUACACGGGCCGCACAGCCACCAACCUCGACUGGAGCCGCGAUGGCUUCAACACACCCCUCAAGUUUUCCCCCGGCGAGGGAUGGCUAUACGGCGCCGCGAUGGACUGGGCCGGCCAGGUGCUUGAAAAGAUCACAGGCCGCACACUGAGCGAGUACACGCAGGAAUACAUCUUUGACCCCCUGGACAUGAAAGACACCGGCUUCUGGCCUGGGAAACUUCCCCAGACGCAAGACCGUACGGUAGCAUGCACAUACCGCGAGGGCGAGAAGCUGAAACCGGGUCCUCUCCCCGUGCCCAAGGAGCACGAGAUGGAGAGCGGCGGCGCAGGCAUCUUCUCGACGGCGCACGACUACGGGCUCUUCAUGUGCGGGCUGCUGCAGGGCAAACUCGUCAGCGAGGCCAUGCUGCAAACCAUGUUUACGCCGCAGCUCAACGACAUCCAGAGCACCAUGCUCGAGACGAUCGCAUACAGCCACGGCGGUCGGGGCGCACUCGUGCCGGAGUUCCCCGUCGGUCUCAAGCUCAACCACGGGCUCGGCGGCGUCAUGAACGUCGAGGACGUGCCGGGGAAGCGCCGCAGGGGGAGCCUCAUGUGGAGCGGCAUGUGCAACAGCCGCUGGUGGAUCGAUCGGGAGACGGGUGUUGCGGGCGUCUUGAUUGUCAACGUGCAGCCGCAUGGUGAUCCGGUCGUCAAGAGCUUGUAUAACGAGCUCGAGCGGGCAGUCUACGACGUCGUCGGGAAGCAGUAG